AUGGACGACUACGAGAAGAUCUCAGUAGUAGGACGUGGAGCUCAUGGUGUCUGUUGGCUUUGUCAGCGUAAAGAUGAUAUUUUUCGACAAAAAGUUAUCAUCAAAACAGUGGCAUUAGAGGGCCUCGCGCCAGAGGAACAGAACGCUAUCAUGGGUUUGAUUUUUUUGUCUGGAAUUCUGAUUUCACUGCAUUGUGAAAGUAUUUCAGGCGAAGUGACGCUAUUGAAACGCCUUCAUCAUCCCCACAUUAUUGGAUAUUAUGAGUCUUUCAAGACAGAAAACGCUUUUUCGAUUGUUAUGCAGUAUGCUGAGGGUGGUACAAUGGAUAAAAUGAUUUCGGAACAAAAAGGAGUCAAAUUUAUUGAGAAUAUAGUGCUCAAUUAUUUCACACAAGUUGCUAUUGGACUUGAAUAUAUGCAUUCCAAGCAAAUACUUCAUAGAGAUUUGAAAACGCAAAAUAUUUUGUUAAAUAAGAAACGAACAAUUGUUAAAUUGAGUGAUUUCGGAAUUAGUAAAGAAUUAUCAACAAGAAGUUUAGCAUCAACAAUUAUUGGCACACCGAAUUAUCUUUCUCCAGAAAUCUGUGAAGGCAGAGCGUACAAUCAGAAAAGCGACUUAUGGGCUUUGGGCUGUGUGUUAUAUGAACUUGCUGAAUUAAAACGAGCAUUUGAUGGCGAAAAUUUACCAUCGAUCGUCAUGAAAAUUACAAAAGGAAAACAUAAUCCAAUCUCUGAACACUGGAGUGAUGGCUUGAAGAAGUUGGUUAAUUCUAUUCUGGAUGUUAAUGAGAACAAAAGGCCCCUUCUCAAAGAGAUUCUCACAUGCCCACUGAUCUUACCGGUUUGUUUGGCAAUUAAUUUGGAUCUGGGUGCGCUGCCUUCUUCACCACCGAAAAAAACUCGCCAGAUUUCCUCUUCGAAUAGUAGCAUUUUACGCACACAGCCUAUAUCAGUCAAAGCUAUGGCUUAUUGA